UUCCCCGUCAUGACGCUCCAUCUUCGAUUGAGCCCACAGGAGAAGGCCUCAUAAACUCUCAUGCUGGCAACAGUCUCCUCCAUGAAUGUCUUCCCUAUGAAGCUUUUCACAUCUGUAGACUUGUUGGUCAUGAAGGUUCAAUAUUUCGAAUCGCACGGUCCUCUGAUGGCUCCAAACUGGUCUCUGUAUCUGAUGAUCUUUUCUUAUGCAUGCAGUGCACGUAUUUGGGAAGUUCAUUGCAAGUCGCGAUAUUCUAAAGAUGCAGGGGAGGUUGGAUUGCUUUUUGGCCACAGUGCUCGAGUUUGGGAUUGCUAUAUAUCUGAUAAUUUGAUUGUUACUGCUGGCGAGGAUUGCUCAUGUCGUGUGUGGGGACUGGAUGGACGACAGCAUGAGGUCAUUAGGGAGCACAUGAAAGAUGGUAACUCUUGGAGCUCAGGCCCUGCACCCCCACCUCCACCUGGUACACCUCCAGCUAGCAAACCGAACCACAAUAAGAACUCUGGCUCUGGAAAUAGCCCAUCAAAUGGUGAUUCUGGCAGUGGAAGCAAGAAAUCGGGAAUAGGCGGCAGCGGCGUAGCUGGAAUAGUCAUAUCAAUUCUUCUUGUUGUGGCAGUUGUGGCAUUCUUUGUUGUGAAGAGAAGAUGUCAAAGACGGCUGGCCUCAGAUGAGGAAAAGCUUGAUAAUCAACCCUUUGCUCCCCUUGCUUCCAGUGAAGUGCAAGAAAUGAAGUCCUUUCAGACAACCUCCAUGAUGAACACAAAAUUCGAUCCGCCACCACCAGCCUCAAUAAAUCUCAAGCCGCCGCCCAUUGAUCGUCACGUCAUUCGAUGAUGAGGAUUUUGCAAAGAAGCCUAUUCCUGUCAAAAAAGCUAUUAAAGUUCCUACGAACUUAACUUCAUAUUCAAUAGCAGACUUGCAGAUGGCUACAGGUA